GCUAAUCAUGGCACUUUCUCUGAUACCGAUAUGGACCUCCUUGCUGAACAUCACCUGCAGGGAACUUCAGCCAUAUAUUAUAUCCCAAACUUCAUCUCUGAAGAUGAAGAACGGUAUUUGCUGCGAAAGAUAGAAGAUUCCCCAAAGCAGAAAUGGAAGACGUUGAACAAUCGUAGACUACAAUUAUGGGGGGGUGAAGUUCUCCAGAAGAACAUUCUGUUUCGCCAGGACUUACCUGCAUUCUUGAAUGAUUUUCCUGAUGUUCUAGGACGUCUCAGAUCCCUUGGAGCUUUCAAUCAGUCCCCACACAAAGGGCCCAAUCACGUUAUAUUGAAUGAAUAUUAUCCAGGACAAGGCAUCAUGCCCCACGCAGACGGUCCCUCAUAUCACCCAGUCGUCGCAACUAUUUCCUUAGGAUCACAUGCUAUCUUUCAUUACUAUCAAUAUAAGGAUAAAGACAGCUUGAGUGUUGACCCUGGAUCAAUGGGACGUGGCGUCGAUCCAAUGCCUAUAUUGUCAUUAUUUUUGGAGCCUCGCAGUGUUGUGGUUACGACAGGAGAACUUUACACAGCGCAUCUGCAUGGCAUAAACGAAGUAGCCGCCGACACGUUCACCGGCGAUGGUUUCUUGCUUCUUUCAAAUGGAUCGCACUCACGGAUCGGCAAUCGUUACAUGAUUCAAGACAAGGCUGUAGUGGGGAUUAUUGAAUCGGGAGGGACAAUCGAGAGGACGACUAGGUACAGUCUUACUUGCCGCGAUGUCGAGAAAGUAGCAAGUGGGAGGAUAGCAGGUUUCGUCAGUCGAACUUGACUUCUUCGGUGGCUUAUCUUUCAUAGGGAUGGUAUCUCCACGUUUAAGCCCAAAUCUUUCAAGAACACAAAUAGCUUACAUUCUUAUGUUACGACAGUCAUUCUGGUACC